AUGGCCGUCAAGACAGCAGGAGGGAACAGCGCGUUCCACAACACUGUCAACGACUUCGCUCACAUCGAGGAUCCUAAUGAGCGCCGAAGACUUGCACUUGCUGAGAUCGACAAGGCCCCCUUUGGCUGGUACCAUGUUCGCGCCAUUCUCGUUGCCGGAACUGGUUUCUUCACAGACAGCUACGACAUCUUCUGUGUCUCUUUGUUGACCAUCAUGCUCGGUGUUGUCUACAAGCACGACAAGAGUGGUGUCCUCCUCACUCCCCAGGAUACCGCCAUCAAGCUUUCUACUUCCGCCGGUACCGUUCUUGGUCAGGUCGGCUUCGGUGCCCUCGCUGAUAUCGUUGGUCGCAAGAAGAUGUACGGUCUUGAGCUCAUUCUCAUCAUUGUUGCAACUCUUGCUCAGUCGCUCGUUGGUCCCGGUCCUGGUACAUCCGUUGUUGGUCUCAUCAUCUUCUGGCGUGUACUGAUGGGUAUUGGUAUUGGCGGUGACUACCCUCUUUCGUCGAUCAUCACAUCCGAGUUCGCUACCACCAAGUGGAGAGGUGCCAUGAUGGGCGCUGUCUUCGCCAUGCAGGGUUUCGGCCAGCUUGGUGGUGCCAUCGUCAUGGUUUGCUUGACUGUUGGCUUCAAGUCCAAGCUCGACAACGUUAGCUCUUACGCCAACUGUACUGGCGAAUGCCAGGUUGCUGUUGACAAGAUGUGGCGUGCUUUGAUCGGUAUCGGUAUCGUCCCUGCCGUCUGCGCUCUCUACUUCCGUCUCACCAUUCCCGAGACGCCCCGUUACACCUUCGAUGUCGCUCGUGACAUCGAGAAGGCUAACGCUGAUGUUAACCACUAUGUUUCCGGCAAGAGGGGCGAGGGCGAUGUUGAUGAGAUUACUGCGGCCACCACCCGCCAGGCCUCCAUUGCUCAGCUUGAGGUCCCCAAGGCUUCAUGGUCUGACUUCUUCCGUUUCUACGGCAAACUCAGGAACGGCAAGAUUCUUUUCGGAACUGCCAUGUCGUGGCUUCUGCUCGAUGUCGCCUUCUACGGUCUCGGGCUAAACUCUUCUACAGUCCUUCAGGCUAUCGGCUACGGAGGUGGUGCUACCGUCUACCACAAGCUCUACAACUUGGCCGCUGGUAACUGCAUCCUCAUCUGCGCUGGUGCGAUUCCCGGAUACUGGUUGGCUGUCGCGACCAUCGAUACUGUUGGUCGCAAGAUCCUCCAGCUCGUCGGUUUCGUCAUGCUCACCAUUCUGUUCCUCAUCUGGGGUUUCGCCUACCACCACCUCAGUGGCCAUGCCAUGUUGGCCAUCUACGUUCUCAUCCAGCUGUUCUUCAACUGGGGUCCCAACACCACUACCUUCAUUGUCCCCGGCGAGUGCUUCCCUACUCGCUACCGUUCAACUUCUCACGGUAUCUCUGCUGGUGCCGGAAAGAUCGGUUCCAUCAUUGCCCAGGGUGCUAUUGCUCCUCUCCGCACUCGUGGUGCUACCUCGAAGGAUGCCAACCCUUGGCUCAACCAUGUCAUGCAAAUCUUCUCUGCUUUCAUGUUCGCCGGUAUCUUUACCACUCUGCUGAUCCCUGAGACGAAGAGGAGAACUCUGGAGGAUCUCGCAAUGGACUGGGACAUGGGCAACGAGUCGAUAACGGGAGCACCAGCUGCCAACAAGAGCAUUGAGCGUGGUAGCGAUGAAGAGCCCAAGGUUUAG